AUGAUGGAAAUAGUAGACAGUCAGAGCGCACACGCGUCCAGCAAUUGCACAUCCGCCGAGCAGACUAACGCACUCAAGCAGAUCAACGCGCUUCUCGAGAUGCCGUCUAUCUGCCUGUCGCGCAUCCGCGAACCACUCGCUCUGGUCGGCGGCUACUGGAACAUAGACGCCGACAUUAUUAACAAGGUGUCCACAGGAGCGCCGCACACCGCAGAAGAGGGGAUCGCGGAUAUGUGCGCGGUUUUCAACAAUAUCCGUCAUUCGCCAUCGCUUGAUGCGAAAAUCAAACGCGAUAUCGCUAUUUUCGUCGAGCGCGCUGGUGCUUGGGUCACGAACAACCGGAUUUGA